GAUCAAUUACGAAUCAGUCUCCAAUUCCAUCAAUUCCUCCCAUUCCACAAUAUUCUCUGAUGAUAUUUGUUAUGAAAUUCUAUCCUAUUUCCAUGAGGAAAAUGAUGGAAAAUUUAUUCUACUAAAUUGUUCGUUAAUUUCCAAACAGUGGAUGAUGAAUGUGAAGAAAUUCGGAAAGAUUUCAAUUAAUAUUCGAAAUAGAGUUUCGGAUUCAUUGAUAGAACCAAUCAAGAGAAAUCAAUUUUUGGAAUGUUUUGUGAAAUUUGGAAUUUAUUCGCAAGAUUUCAAGUUUCAUGAAAUAAUUAAAAUGAUGAAGAAUUUAAAAAGUCUUUCUAUUGGAAAUUGUUCUAUUGGAGAGGAGGAUUUGAAAUUUAUCGGAGAAAUGAAUCAUUUAACUGAACUUGAAUUGUGUGAAUGUUUGACUGGAGAUAAAGAUAUUAGACCAAUUAGUAGAAUGUCUCAAUUGACUAAAUUAAAUAUUAGUAAGAAUGCAAAAUACCAUUUAAGCGAUAUCUUUGACAUGAAGCAAUUAAAAAUACUAGAAAUUGGAGAAAAUUUCAUAGGAGAUGAACAAGCUGAACUGCUUUCCAAUCAUUUGAAACAAUUGACCAUUUUACGAAUUAAUAACAACUUAAUUCAUUCUCAAGGUGUUAAACAUUUGAGUAAAUUGGAUCAAUUGACUGAAUUAGAUUUAAGUGGAAAUGCUUUUAAUGAUACAAUUGGCUCUGAAAUUGCAAAAAUGGAACAAUUGAAAACUCUUCACGUUAACAAACUUGCAAGACAUCGAAUGGGAUCACGGUUGGGUUCACAAUUUGGAAACUUAUUUCAAUUGACCAGUCUUAGUAUAAGUAAUAAUUAUAUUGGAGAUGAAGGAGCCAACGAAAUUAGUAAUUUAACACAAUUGACUGAAUUAUAUGUACAUGGAGCUGAAAUUGGAUAUAGAGGAGCCAGAUCAUUAAGUGUUUUACACCAGUUGACCAAACUAGAUAUCAGUACAAAUCAUAUUGGAGAUGAGGGAGUUAGAUUAUUCAAACAAUUAUCAAAAUUAACAGAACUUGUUGUGUUUAAUAAUAGAAUUGGAGAUGUUGGAGCACAACUUAUUAGUGAAAUUCCUCAAUUGACCUCUCUUGUUGUUAGUAGCAAUCAAAUUGGAAACGAAGGGGCAAAAUCAAUUAGUCAAAUGUCAAAAUUGAAAUAUCUUUCGAUUAAUGGAAAUCAAAUUGGUGAUCAAGGAGCUAAAUUAUUAAGUGAAAUGAAUCAAUUAAGAAGAAUUGAAGUUUAUGGAAAUAAUAUUAGUAAUGAGAUAUUUCAAUUAUUUGGAAUUAAAAUUCAAAAUAAAUUGAAAUAAAGGAAGUGAUUACAAU